AUGGACAGACAUCCCCCCCAUGGGCAGACAUCACACUAUGGGGGGACAUCACACCAUGGAAGGACAUCACACUAUAGGGAUACAUCACACCAUGGGAGGACAUCACACUAUAGUGAGACAUCACAUCAUGGGAGGACAUCACACCAGGGACAGACAUCUCCCCAUGAGCAGAUAUCACACUAUAGGGGGACAUCACACCAUGGAUCCCUUGGUGGCACUGAAGAUCCUGAGACUGUAUCUGGUCUCACCUGGAGCAAGUGCUAA